GGGCGCUUAAGGCAACCGCCGGGCGAGGACUGCAACCAGCUAUGGACCAUAUUCUAGAAAACGAAGGGAAACCCAUUCCAGAUCUAUCGUCCACCUCUGCGAACGAGCCAUCCGCUGCGACCGCAGACGCUGACGAAGAUGAAGAUAUGAAACUAGCUCAGAGCCUUGCGCUGGGGGAUCAGGAGGCAAAGGAAAGCGAUUUAUGGUGCAUGAGAAAACACUUUCUGACCAAUGGAGCAAAAAAUCCGGGCACGAUCAGUUCGAAGAAAAUCAAACCGCUGACCGAGGAAGAAAAGAAACAGAAGCUGGCAGAGCUGAAAGAAAAAAUGGCUGCUAAACGGGCUGCAAAAUCCUCAGCAGAAGAGGAAGAACGCAAAGCAAAUGAGGCUCUGAGACGAAAGGCUGGCAAAGAUACUACUCAAGUACGUCAAGAGAUGAAAGUAAAGGAAGCUCUCAAGGAGGCCGAACAGAGGAAAAAAGACAAACUCGACGAUGCAAAGGCUCGUGCGGAGAUCAAAGCUCAAAUAGAAGCCGAUAAAAAAGCGAGGGCUGAGAAGGCGGCAAAGGAGAAAGCACUCCGAGAGGGUCAGGCCCCCCCACCAACUGCGUCCACCUCUGCCACUCCAGCUGCUGCUGCCGCCCCAUCUGUUAAGAAGGAAUACACAGAAACUAGACUUCAGGUGAACAUCGACCCAUCAUUUUCUACUCUGAGAGAUGUAGCCGAAUAUGUCGCAUCACAAUCACUAGCGUACAACGUGGAAACAGUUUCAUUCUCCACGAACUUUCCAAGAAAAAACUACUCUCGUGAUGAAUGGGGUCAAACAUUGAAAGAAUUGGGCCUGACGCCAUCUGCAGAGCUCGUAAGGCCAUGGGCUAUACUCUGCUAUAAAAAUAGGCCACCUCCAUACAGAGAAGGUAACAAAAACGAACCAAUGGUCAACAUGGGGAUCGAACCCAGGACCUCCGAGUUAUUAGCUCGGCGCUCUAACCAGCUGAGCUAG